AUGGCACCCCGAAUACAGAACUCGGUCGUCUCCAACUCUCUCCUCCCUUACCUUUCCACAUCAUCUACCUCAUCCUCCUCCACAUACCUUCCCAGGCUAGCUACCACAUGCCCUUCAUCACAUGAGUCAUGGCGUUCGUGUCGGUCAUUUUCGUCCACGCCGGCCCCUCAAACUACUAGACGUCGCAGAGAGAUGUUUGCGUGGCUCAACACCGACGCAGCUAAGUUGAGAACCCAUACUCCAGGCUCAACAAACUACCUCAUCCGGACCAAUCCCAAACUCAAGGAUUCGCCGGUUGUCGAGAGCAGAGUUUUCCCGGCAAAUCCUGCCUACCGCUCAGAGAGCAUUCUCAGUGAGGAGCUGCGGACGGAGAUCUACAACCGGGUAGUAAUAAAUAAAAAGAGUGUGCGUGCUGUCAGUGUCGAGCUGAAGGUCGACAUGAGGAGAGUCGCUGCUGUAGUCCGGCUGGUCGAGUUAGAAAAGCGGAUGGAGAAACAGGGUAAACCAUUGGCUGUGCCCUACGCUCGUGCAAUUCAUGAAAUGAUUCCCGUAACGCCUCCCGAGCAGGCCCAUGAAGAAAUCAACGACCUCCCCGUCCACCGCCUCACCAACCCUCAAAUCUUCUAUCCCGUCUCUGAGUCCCGCCAAUUCAACCGUGUUGACGCUGGCCGUGUCUUCUCCGCUGCCCCGGCUUUAGAACACAAGCAGCUCGCCAAGGAUGUUGCUAAUCCCUCUGAGGCCAUCAGCCGGGUUACUCAGAACCCCUCGCGUAUCGAGCUCGUCGGCAAGGGCGAUGAGGAGCAUCAGGUCCUCCAGGCAGCGGACGUGCGUAUUCCGCACCCGCACAUGGUCACAAGUACCCGUGACAUAAAUGAGGUGCCUAAUGAGAUUCGCCAACACCCCAAGCUCUACAAGGCUCGCCUCAGGACGCAAGACGCUGCCGAUCAGGAGCGCAAGCGUCUCGCCCAGGAGCGUAAGGAGAAGCAAACGCAGCGUGUGCAGCCCGAGGAUUCUCGCUUCGAGUUCCGUAUCAACGACGUUGUCGUCAGCCAGGAAACCACCGGCAAGGAUGGUCGCAACGCUCGCGCUCCUGGUCGCAGAUACGGUGUCCCCAGCUACGACCGGAAGAAGGGCCAGGUCAAGAUCCCCACCCGUGUGGAGGUCUAA